UGACAUUUCUUUUUUUUUAUUUUUUCAAAUAAUCUGUAAAUUUUCUUCUCUUAUUUUCUCUUGUGUGGAUUUUCUGGCAUAGUUUCUAUUUAGAGAGAGAGAGAGAAAAAAAAAAAAAAAAAGAAGCUAAAUUGUAAAGAAAAUAAUUAUAAUUUACGAAUUAAAAGGCUAUUGGUGAGGGAGUGGGAAUCGAGUUCCCGGGAAAUCAACAAGAGUUUAAGAAAAUCGCUUUCUCAACUACAAAUUCGGGUUCAUGAGACAAAGCUCUGUUGUAAGUUGUAACUUCCUUUCGAGCUAUCUUUUUGUCUGAAAAUCAGUUUCUUGAAUCUGGUUCGGCAAUGGAGGUGUUCUACUUUCUGGUGUUCGGGGGGCUCGCUGCGGUGGUGGCAGCGUUGGAGCUCAGCAAAACAAGCAAGGAUCGGAUCAAUACGUCUACUGCCUUCACUUCCUUUAAGAACAAUUACCUUCUCGUCUACUCUCUUAUGAUGGCUGGGGACUGGUUGCAGGGUCCUUAUGUGUACUACCUCUACAGUCAAUAUGGUUAUGGGAAGGGGGACAUUGGGCAAUUGUUUAUUGCUGGUUUUGGGUCCUCUAUGUUGUUUGGGACAAUUGUUGGGUCUCUGGCUGAUAAACAGGGUCGGAAGAGGGCAUGCGUUACUUACUGCAUAACUUAUAUACUGAGCUGCAUCACCAAGCAUUCUCCUCAGUACAAAAUUUUAAUGUUGGGACGUAUAUUGGGAGGAAUUGCUACUUCUCUGCUUUUUUCAGCCUUUGAAUCAUGGCUAGUUGCAGAACACAACAAGAGGGGUUUUGAACAACAGUGGCUGUCACUUACAUUCUCUAAGGCAAUAUUUCUUGGCAAUGGUCUAAUUGCCAUUCUGUCUGGAUUGUUUGGAAAUGUACUAGUUGAUACUCUAGGCCUUGGCCCUGUUGCUCCAUUUGAUGCUGCUGCAUGCUUUCUUGCAAUCGGUAUGGCAAUCAUAUUAUCAUCAUGGACUGAAAAUUAUGGAGAUCCUUCAGAAAGCAAGGACUUGCUUAUGCAAUUUAAGGGUGCUGCUGUAGCUAUUGCAUCUGAUGAGAAAAUAGCAUUGCUGGGUGCAAUACAGUCUCUAUUUGAAGGUUCAAUGUACACAUUUGUGUUCCUUUGGACUCCUGCUUUGAGUCCGAAUGAAGAGGAAAUUCCACAUGGUUUCAUAUUUGCAACUUUCAUGUUGGCUUCAAUGUUGGGAAGCUCAAUUGCAUCUCGACUGAUGGCCCGCUCAUCAACAAGAGUUGAAAGCUACAUGCAAAUUGUGUUUACAAUCUCAUCUGCCUCUCUCCUGCUUCCCACUGUAAUAAAUUUCCUGGUAGCACCUUCUGAUGUGAAAGGUGGAAGCAUUUCAUUCAAAGGGUGUAUCCAGCUUCUUGGCUUCUGCACAUUUGAAGCAUGUGUAGGGAUAUUCUGGCCUUCCAUCAUGAAGAUGAGAUCCCAAUACAUUCCAGAGGAGGCACGGAGCACUAUCAUGAACUUCUUCCGCAUUCCUCUCAAUAUCUUUGUGUGCAUUGUGCUGUACAAUGUUAAUGCAUUUCCAAUCACUGUCAUGUUUGGCAUGUGCUCGAUUUUCCUCUUUGUGGCAACACUGUUGCAAAGGAGGCUCAUGAUGAUUUCAGAGAGCCAAAGAUCGAGUAAGUUCUGUAAUUACCUUGAGGAUAAUCAUUCUGAAAUUUGGAAAUGCUUGGAAUUGGUUUGAUUUAGGAUGAUAUGACAUGUGUAUCACUUAUGAAUUCCUAGACUGAUAUUUGUUGCUUUAAAUCCUUGAUCAAAACUCAUAAGAACUUGGAAAAGUUCGAGUGUAGCAGACCAUCCCAAAUCCUAGAUAAAAAGUUUUUGUACUCAUAUGUCAUGCAUAUACAUUUUAUUACAGGGCCACAAGAUUGGAAGGAGAGGGACACAGAGGCAGAAUCAUUAAAUAUCUGAUUGAAGUGGGACUACCUUUUUCUUGUUAUUUACUGUUGAAGCUGCAUUUAGCUUUGCUGUUGGCCAUCAUAGUAUGGAAUUAUUCCUAAUUGUUGAGCCUAUCAAGUAUCACAACGGGGCACUGACUGUUGGGCUUGACAUAACAGAAAUGAUUUUUGGGGAGGAGACGAAUUCUGUACCUCUUUUUAAAUAGUGUUUUCUGAAAUGGUUGCUGUAUAAAUACUGGUUAUAUAUCCCUAAGAUGUUAAUGUUAGGAAGUUCAAAGUUUUUUGUCA